CGUAGUGCGUUCAUGGCUUAUGUGGCGACGAAGAAACAGCCGAUUGACGUGAACGCGGCUUCAAUUGUUGAGUUAAAAGCGGAGUUAUUCAGGAAGCAAGAAGAAUUCAAAAGGCAAAAGUUAUUGCCAAAAAGCGAGCAACCUGUUAAGACAAAGAAACCAUCUGUGUUCGAGAAACGCAAUCGUGGCAUAGACAAGAGAGUUGCAAAGGAUGUACCAGACAAGCGAACGGCUGAAGAGGUGGCCGAAGAAGAAGCAGCUCUUCGAAAAUCAAAGGCAAAACUUGAGGAAAAAGCUGCAUUGUAUGAGCAGAUGUUACAGGGCAAAUGUACAAAAGACUUUACAAAUAGAGAAGAUGGAUAUUUGGUUGACUUUGAGCAGAAACAGAUGAACAAGGUUGAAUCUGAUCGAAAGAGAUCUCAAGGCAGUAGAUUUGAAGAUAGUGAUGAUGAUAAUGAUGAAGUGAACAACAAACCUAUUCCUGAGCCGGAGACACCAGAUGAUGAAUGGGUGGAAUAUACGGACUCACUCGGAAGGUCUCGUCAAUGCUUGCGAAAGGAUCUGCCGCACAUGCAGGAAAUGGACAAGUCAGUCCGAUCUCAUCAAGAUUCAUCGUUGCCUCCGUUAUCCGAGCGAACUCUCUUAUCAGACGACAUGAAGAGAGAAAUGCUUCGCCAGAAGUGGGAAAAGGAGGAAGAAGAAAUGAUGCAGCGGCAAGGCCCGACUCACUACGAGAAUGUGCGGUUUGACGAGGUACGUUCACAUGGCGUUGGAUAUUUCCAGUUUAGCAAAGACGAAGGACAACGACAAGAGCAACUGAAAAUGCUCAAUCAAAUGAGAGACCAGACCGUCGGACAGAGAGAAAGACGAGACAAGGUAAUCGCAAAGCGUAAAGCUGCUUUAGAAGCGAGACUAGAGAAAGUGAAACUGAAGAAGAUGAAAAAGGCGACUGACAACGUGGAUGAUGUUACAGAUCAGGCAAAACCCGAAGAUUCCAAAAUGACAGAACAGCCGUCUGUGCUUGACAUCGAACAGUCUACAGCAGACGCACAUACUGCAGCCAGUGCAGUCGACGAAGAUAAAGUUGGACAGGCGAGUGCCGAGAGAGAUGCAGCAAAACUGGAACAAGAUGUGUUUGCCAUGAUUAGCAGCAUCCGAAAAGAAGUAGACGAUGCUCAAGCUAAAGAUGUGAAACCAGUCGGCAGGCACUGGGAUGUGUUUAGAAAGCAAGGCGAUGAGCGUCCAAGUGAAUUUGCUCCUCCCACGUUGUACAAUAAGAGCACCAGACGAUCACAAGGCAAACAGCCUCUAUGGCAGCCUGGGCCGAAUCCUGUUGGUGCCCAAUUGUUUGGAAGAAAUAAUGAAAGGACAGAUUCUACUGCUGGUUUUGAGACUAACCCGAUGACUGAAUCUCGGUCAAUGAGUGAUACUCAGUCAAGUUAUUCAGGAUUUCCUCUGUGGCCAUUUAUGCCAUUUCCACCUCCUCCACUGGGAUGUCCUGUUCCCUUCCCACCUCCUGGAUUUCCCUUUCCUCCAUACCCGUCGGCGACCUUUAACAACUCGACUGGCCAAGAACAAGAUGGACCAACAACAUGAGAGAGAUAAGCAUAUAGAUAUAAUUCAUAUAUUAUUGAGGAGUGUUAAUGAUGUUAGAGUUGUGUGGUGUUGUAAUUCAUGGAUUAUUUACUGCAGCAGAUGUUUAUUCUGUAUGAUGCUACACAAACACACACACACACACAC